AAGAGAGGAAUUGUACCACUACUUAAAUAUGCAGAAUUUAAGAGAAAUAUUUGAUACAAGACCGAAGUACUUCUAAUACUUUUUAAUUGUUAGAGAUAAAAAAAAAAUAUCACCGCAACAAAGCCAGUGGAACUUUUUCCAGCGUUCUGUUAAACGCAUUUUAGAGGGGCGUUUCAUCACUGAUAAAAGCUCAGUACAACAUCCAUCUAUAAAGAUCGGCUGUCGAAGCUGUUUUGGUUUGAAAUGGUGAAUAACUCAUGUACGAUAUUUAGGCUUACUACGGUGCUGACCUAAAUAGCCUCAAGAUACCGGCAAUAAUUCUUAUUACGACCAAGGUGGAAGAACUUUGGAACAAUGGCCGUUAUUGCUUGGUGUGAAGAAGGUUGGCUAUUAGACCACAUGUCAUGGUGGAGGAGAUCUUAUAGUCUUCCUGAAACAUGUGAGCCAGUGAUACAGAGAAACUUCACACAGACUGGAGAUAAACUGCCAGAUGACAUUAACACAGCUGUUCAUGGUACCUGUGACAUUUCACAACUUGCUGGAGGCAACAGCAUUUUAUCCAAUCUGACGGUUCAAAACCAGUACAAGUAUAUUCCGAAGCAGGAACUUUUCUCAAUAUUCCAUCCAUACCUCAUGGACAGUGAGUUUGAGAAUUAUGCCGCUAGGCUUAGGCCAUCUGCUGUCACAACUGCUGACCCAGAGAAAAUAGAGGCAGGAAAGAAAAGAAAACGAAAACGAAAGCACAAAGAUGACGAGUAUUUGUUACAGGAUGAUAAGAUGACCGAGUGCAUCUCACAGGCCAUGAAGUCUCUGGUUAAGCUGGGACUGCUAACUGGUCAUUUCAGAGAGUUAUCAACUCUACCUAUCAACAACAACACAGAGGCCAGACAGCUCGCUAAACAAGACUCGUCUGACAUGGCAGUGUCUGUAGGAAAUGUUCUGGAACCUGUGUGUGAGGGGUUAGCCACAGUUGUUCUCUCAGCGGGCCAAUGUUACAGCUACCCUGAGCUGUGCCACACACUGUACAAACACGAGGGACCUACCCCUAUGGUGAUCAGGUGUGAUGGUCACCAGUAUGUUGUGCCUCCUUACUCUGGCUUUUGUCUGUCACAGGCUGCUGGUAUCCGAUCCUUCAUCAGUGCACUAGAUGGUGAAAAGUUUGAUCUAAUUGUCAUGGAUCCUCCAUGGGAGAACAAAUCAGUGAAGAGGAAAAAAAUGUAUUACACCUUACCUAACUGGGACUUGCAAGAUCUCCCCAUCCCAGAUCUGGCCCGUGACAGGUGUCUGCUUGCUGUCUGGGUAACAAAUAAGCACAAACACCAGGACUAUGUUAGACAUGUUUUGUUUCCUCGUUGGUCAGUUAAACACCUGGCUGACUGGUACUGGUUGAAGGUUACUGUGGCUGGGGAACCAAUCACUGGUCUUGCAUCACAUUGUAAAAAACCCUAUGAAAGUCUUAUAUUAGGGCGGUAUCAACCAAAUCACCAUGGCAUUGAGCGGACAGACAAUCCACUGGGCAGUCCUCCUGAGGAUAAAGUUGUUAUGAGUGUACCUUGCAUUCUUCAUUCAAAGAAGCCCCCAAUAGAUGCUCUAUUGACUGAUUACUGUAAUGAAAAGCCUCAUUGUUUGGAACUGUUUGCCAGAAAUCUCCGUCCUGGCUGGAUCAGCUGGGGUAAUGAGGUUUUGCGCCAUCAGCACCUUAAGUUUUACGAUGUUUCUACAUGUUCAUCUGAGACCAGCUGUAAUGGGGCUGAAGACAGAGACCACACUUCUACUCAACAUUCAGGGAAGAUUUAG